GUGACCAAUGGAGACCACAUGAGAAAUUCAGCAGAACGUUAAGUGAAUGUGAAUGAGAAGCCGUCUUUGUGGAGCACUUCAUAACCUUAAGAUCUUGUUGGUGGUGUCAUGAAUUGUAGGAAAAUUUGGAAGAAUCAUGACUGAUAUUACACAUACCAAAAUCGAAGUUAGGCCCUCUAAACUGAAGUGCAUUUUACAAGUUGAGUGGGGCCCCGAGUCAGCUGUGAAACUCCGUCUCCUGCAUCGAGAGGCUGCUUGGGUUGGAGAGUUAAGUGAGAGUGAGAUAAAAUCCUUUGUGACCCAAUAUGAGCUUGAACUAGCAACUUUUAUUGAAAAUAUGAGAGCUGCAUUCCGAGCUCCAUCAAGUGAAAAUUACAUAUUUUCCAUGACUGCGGAUACAUUCACCUGGAAACGUCCCCUUGCAUCAGGUCUUGUGGCUAAGCUUGGACAUGUCAAAAUGAGCAAGGUAGAACCAAUUGAUGCCUUUGAAUUAGUUCUAGAGAACUCUCUAGAGUUAUUAUCAACUGUUGAAGAAAAUUUGAAUAAAUUUAAGACUGCAAAUGAGUCCCUUACCAAAGAACGAGACACAGCUUUAACUAGAGUUAUUGAAAUGUCAGAACUAAAGGCUAAUUGGGAGAAAAAAAUUUAUGGCCAGUUUGUUGUGGUGUUGAAUGCGAAAAAGGAACGUAUUCAGACACUGGAAGAAAUGCUGGACCUUAAGCUGUAUAAAGGACCUCAGACAGCAGAUGGUAAACCACGUACUGGCAAGGAUGAAGCCAUGGAUGAAGACGAUGAUGAAGACAGCAGGGAAGAUCCUUAUACUGUGGACACAGAAGAGGAUACAGACGAAGAUGUGAAUAUGGAGCCUGCCAAGGAAUCGAGUACAUCAACCUCCGCAUUGAGGCGAAGCCACGACUUAUUUUCAAGCUUCGACUCUCCAGACAGCCCCAACCCGCCCCCCAUCCUGCCCAAGAGAGCCAGGGCCUCGAAUCAGGCUGCGUCCACUGCCUCCUCCUCCACGGCCUCUUCGUCCACUACCAAUGCCACAUCAGGGAGGAACGUCUUCAAGAACAUAGUUGAAGAUGAGGAUGAUGAAGCAGUGACUGCUGAGAGCACCCAGGACCUCAUUGGUCAAAUGUAAAGAUCUUCAUCAAUUGUCUUUAAAAAUUUACUGUUGCACCAGUUUUUAUUUUAACUAUUUUACAUCUCACAAUGAUUUAUGAAUUUUUAAACUUGUUGCUGGUGGCACACUUGUAAGGAAACUACAUAACAUACAUUUAUUGUUGUUGUCUCGUCUUUUUAUCGAUGCUUCUAUUUUAUCUUGAUAUUGUUACUUUUUAGAGUGUUCCUAAGAAACCAAAGUGUGGAUGAUGUAUUAUUAUCAGUCAUUUUUGCAUUUUAUUAUUGGCAGUGUUCAUUUUAUAUUUUAUGUGCCAUGUGUAGUUUUAAAAUUUGCAUCUCAUUUAGUAAAUAUUUUUCCAAAAAUAAUUACCUCUAUUUUUAAUACUUUAUUUUUAUGUAAUGUGUUUGGACUGCAUGUCCUUCAAUAAAAAUGCGAUCAGCUCGUA